ACAGCGAUAAAAGAGGCUCUGGCGAAGUUUGAGGAGAAAACAGGUCAAAAAGCGUCCGAGGCCAAGGAAGUAAAGUUGUAUAUGCAGAUCCCGCCAAUACAAAAGAUGGAUGCUUCUCUGUCAACGCUUGCCGCAUGCGAGAAAUUGUCACUUUCCACCAACUCCAUUGAAAAAAUUGCAAACUUAAAUGGACUAAAAAACCUUAAGAUUCUGUCACUUGGUAGAAAUAAUAUUAAAAGUUUUAACGGCUUAGAUGCAGUGUCUGAUACACUCGAAGAACUGUGGUUUUCGUACAACUUAGUGGAGAGACUAACGGGCAUCCAAGUCUUAAAGAAACUCAAAGUGCUAUACCUAGGUAAUAAUCAAGUCAAAGACGUAGCAGAAUUGAAUAAAUUGGGUGAAUUGCCAAUGCUUGAAGAACUUGUAUUUGUUGGUAACCCAUUAGAAGAAAAACAUUCUCAAGAAGGCACGAAGGAUGCAUACCGAAACCAUGUAAAAGAAAAAAUGCUUAAACUGAAAAAACUCGAUGGUGAGCCGGUGUUAAGAGAAGAGGAAAAAGACGAUGAUUAUUAG